AUGAGACCAGAGUAUAGUGGUCGUGUCUUUCUUCAUCGUCAGUGGUCCCUGGCGCCGUCAGCGGCCCCAGGCGCCGUCAGCGGCCCCUGGCGCCGUCAGCGGUCCCUGGCGCCGUCAGCGGCCCCAGGCGCCGUCAGCGGCCCCUGGCGCCGUCAGCGGCCCCAGGCGCCGUCAGCGUCCCCUGGCGCCGUCAGCGGCCCCUGGCGCCGUCAGCGGUCCCUGGCGCCGUCAGCGGCCCCUGGCGCCGUCAGCGGUCCCUGGCGCCGUCAGCGGCCCCUGGCGCCGUCAGCGGUCCCUGGCGCCGUCAGCGGCCCCUGGCGCCGUCAGCGGUCCCUGGCGCCGUCAGCGGUCCCUGGCGCCGUCAGCGGUCCCUGGCGCCGUCAGCGGCCCCUGGCGCCGUCAGCAGUCCCUGGCGCCGUCAGCGGCCCCUGGCGCCGUCAGCGGCCCCUGGCGCCGUCAGCGGCCCCUGGCGACAUGUCAACACAACCCUCAUCAUACUCCGGUGAUUACAUUUCCAAUCCCGGGUCAACGCCUCAACAGUGA